UAAGAUACUCUCCUGUAAGCAACGAUACAGAAAGAGAAAUUAUCAUGACGGUUUUCCAGUCAAAUUACAACUCUUUUGUAAUGUGGGAAGCAGUUUACAGUGGCGAUUCUUAUUCACUUAAAAAAGUUUUCAAAUCUGGAGUCAAUCCUAAUGUGUUAGGAUAUGACGGAGAACCACUGCUUUUUACACCCAUAGUCCAUGGUGACUUGGAAAUCCUGAAAGUGUUUCUUUCGUAUUGUGACGUCAAUAUUGAAAGCAAAGAUGGAAGAACUGCACUAAUGCUUGCAGUACAAAUGGGUGAUAUGGAAAUGGUCAAAGCCCUCAUUAAAGCAGGAGCGUGUGUAGAUUACAAAGACCACUGUGGACAUACUCCUUUUUUGCUGGCUUUGCAGGAUGGACAAUUCAAAAUAGCGGAAUAUCUCAUAAAAUACGGAAGUGACGUCAAUGAAGUCGACGAUCACGACCAGAGUGCAUUGUGCUUUAUUCUGAGCGGAAAAAAGAAGAAGUGUGCGAGAAUAAUUAAAACUCUUUUUGACAGUGGUUAUAUCAUGAAAGAAAGUGACAAUUCUCUCCUUCUGGGAGAUCAGAAGAAACUGAAUAAUGUCGCUCGAAAGUAUCUGAAACUUAUUCAGAAGUUAGAGACAGUAACUUAUGGCGACGAUGAUGAGUGCUUUGAUUGGUAACUGUUCAAAAGAGCAUUGUUUGUUGUAAGAGCCAUGUCAAAAUGGUAUGCAUUUCUUCACUACAAUUAAAUGUAGCUAUAAGAAAUGAAAGGGAUGCCAGUGAAAAUGAAACAUCGGAGCGUCUAACUCCGUUCAUGAUUAAGGUCAUUCGGUAGAGACACCUGCGAAAGUCAGCCCGCGCUUCCUGAAGACCCUGCAGCAGCUGCAUUAGGUGGUGCUCGAACUGUUUACUUGUAGACGACAAUUUAAUGUCUACGUAAUAGUAUACCUUUGGAAGCAUUUAGUUUUACCAAAAACAAUGAGUAAAUGAUAGUAUUCUGAGUAAUACUAUCUUGUUUAUUAUUUUAAUAUCUAAAAAAAAUUGAAUUCAGUUAUUCAUUUCGAAUUAUAUUUUACUAUUAAAUAAAAUAUGCGAUUUUUAUGUAUACAAUAUAUAUAGAAUAUGUUUGAUGUCUCUAUCAAUAACCCUUGUUUUAA